AUGUCAGAAAAACUGAGAAGAUGCAGGAAGGAGCUGACCGCGGCCAUCGACCGCGCCUUUGAAGGGGGCCCUGCCCCAGGGGGUGCAAAGCCGCCCGCUCCGUGCGCCCCGAGGAAGCCUCUGACCAGCAAGGAGAACGUGUUGGCGCCGCCCUCCGUUCUGGCGCCCGAAAGACAGUUUUGGAGAUCGGCGGGCGAUGGGGAGAGCUGGAGGAAAGACGGCCUGAGGAAAGAUACAGAGAAAGAUUUGAAGGUUGACUCAAAUAUGCCACUGAGCAGGGCUGGCCAAGAGGUGACGAAGGACCUGCUGGAUAUCAUCGACAGUACAAGCAUCCGAACUAUUGAAGAACUGGCUGGGAAACUAGAAUUUGAAAACGAGCUGAACCGCGUGUGUGAUCCCUGCGGAGGUUCACCCUUCACGGAGGAAGCCUGGGCCCUGCUCAUGGACGAGAGCCCGCAGAAGGCCCUGGUGGCUGACCCCGGCGGCCUCGGGCAGGCUUUCGACGAUCACAGCGUCGUCGAGACGGUUCUGGACCUGGAAGAAGACUACAAUUUGAUGGGCUCUUUCAAAUACCAAAUCGAGUAGGACAGCUGAGCCGGGCUUUGUUUCUGUACAGCAGGAGGCUGGCGCUGGCGUCCGCAGAGGCCGUCAGCAGAAGCAGCCAGUCACAGCCACGGUCGCAUUUUUCACAGGGUGGGCAGCACCCGAAUCACCACACCCUUCAUUCUGAUUGUGUCCCUUUUUGCUGGGAGCCCAGUUUGUUUUGUUUUGGUUUUAUCCUGUUGCUUUGAAAUGUUUCUUACUGGUUUCUUUUUCACUUAACAUCUGUUUUUUUGGUUGACGUUCAAUAUGCCGGGUACUCAAGGCGGGUGUGGGCUGCGGCCUCUACAGUGUCUCUUGGUGGUCUUUCCAGUGAGCCCCUAACUGCACUGUGGCCACUGCCCGCCCAGCCCGGCUCACCCGAGGACCCGCGCAGAGAAGCACCGUGGCCCAGGCCCC